CGCCGGAGCGGACCGACAGCGGGCACUGUGCGGGUACCGGGAUGAACAUGGACGGGAACGGCAUCACUGUGAAGCUGAUCCUGAUCGGAGACAGCGCCGUAGGGAAGUCCAGCCUCCUGCUGAGGUUCGCUGAGGGUUCCUUCGAGCCGAACCUGAAACCGACCAUAUGUGUUGAUUUUAAAGUGAAGAAGAUGGUGGUGAAUGGCCACACGGUGCAGCUUGCAAUAUGGGACACAGCGGGCCAAGAGCGCUUUAGGACCCUGAAUCCCAGUUAUUACCGAGGAACUCAAGGGAUUGUUUUAGUGUAUGAUGUUACAAGGAAAGACACUUUCACAGGCCUAGAGAGCUGGCUGAAGGAGCUGGAAAUAUAUACCACCAAUAGCAACACUGUGAAGAUGUUAGUUGGCAAUAAGACUGAUAAGCCUGAUCGGGAAGUAGAGAGAAAAGAGGGACUUCAGUUUGCUAAGAAACGCUCACUGCUGUUUAUAGGUAUGUAUAUAGAGACCAGUGCCAAAACACAGGAUGGAGUCCAACAUGCCUUUGAGGAACUAGUGAUAAAGAUCCUGCAGACACCAAAUCUUUUGGAUAAAAGCACAGAGAAGAAGGGAGUCCAGCUAAAGGAACCACCGCAGCAAGAGAAAAGCACAUGCACUGCAUACUGCCCACUUUCUUAAGCCUGCAGGUGCCAGUUCUGCCCAAACUGAGUGCAGUUCAGAAGAAUAUACUGAGGGAUUUGGGGAGCUGCUCCGUGCCUUAUUUGACCUGCCACAAUGGGGUAGAUUUGAUAUCAAACUGAUUAACAAAAUACUCUUCUAUUCAUUAACAAAGUACGGUAUCUCUCUGUAACACACAGCUGAUAUCUCCAGGUAUCAACGUAAUGCUUUUUCUGAUAACUCAGAUUUGUUACUAGUAAAUCAUACUACUUAUAUAGUAUGCUUUUGACAUUUGACAAAGAAUUUGGCUGUUUCCAUCUGUGAAAAUCAUGCAGGAGAAAUUGUCACAAUAAAGUGCCUUCAAUUGGGUUUUUA